AUGCUCGUCGGACAGACUACCGUUCGCGCCCUCCUCAGCGGCAUUGCCAUGAACCACCUCGAGAUGGUCCCCGAGACGUCUCCCAACCCGGGCGGUCUCAGAUUCUUGAGGUUGACCAGACAGACCGGCACAUGCAGAUCAGGAGAGAAGUGGUGUUUGGAUGGGUGCAUUCCGCUCAGCGGUGUCUGCUGCAUAUCACGAGGCACAUAUUGCGAUGCUGGUUACUACUGCAUGGCUGUUUCUGGGUGCUGCCGGGAGGGACGAACAUGCAGCGGCGUCGGUGGGACUUGCGAUCCGGGGGAAGUGAUGUGCAAUAGGGGAUGCAUGCCCUCUAGUGGUGUCUGCUGCCCAGGCGGAGGCUAUUGCGAUGCCGGUUACGAAUGCACAACAACCAACACAUGCCGACGCGCUGGCAGUGGUGGUGGAGGAAGCAGUGGUGGCGGUUCUAGCGGAGGGAGCACCACAACCUGCGGUGCUGGACGCAAGAGAUGUGACACUGGCUACUGCAUCCCUGAAGAUGGGACGUGCUGCAACAGAGGAACUGGACGUUACUGCGAGGAUGGCUACUACUGCCUCACAGGAAGUGGCUGCUGCAGAGACGGAAGAACGUGCCGACCAAACACGUCUCUCACAGAGGACCCUAUCACGUUCACCACGCCCACUACCACGUCGACUCCAAGGGCUCUUCCAACCCCCGAUGGCGAAGACGAUGUUGACAGCGGAGCACCGGAGCCAACUGCUAGUUUUGGUGGAAUUGAUGACCUGAUCGAUGCCACCACAACCACCACCACAAGCCCAACAGCCACAGGGACUCUUCCGAUCCCGCCUGCCAUCACCAACGCUCUUCCCGGAGGCGGGAAUGGUAACGAUAAUGUUAAUGGUAAUGGAGGAACUGGCGCCGGUAUCAGAUCGGUGGAGGUACCCCUGGCAGGGUGCGUCAUGGGUCUGAUGGUAGGUGUGUUUGGUCUGCUGCUUUAA